AUGGGACUGCGCCAGGUUCGAUUGUCCCUAAGAUCGAGGCCAGACUCCUCCGAGACGAUUCUCGUAUCCCCCAAUUCGAACGAAGAUGUAGGAACUCCUACCGAAAUUACUCGCGAUGUGUGGGACGAGGCCUACGUCCAGCUGAGGACCGACGCCGCCACCGCCGCCAUUAUCGCCGACUAUGAAUACGUUCUGGCUGCAGCCCUUCGUCCCAUCAGCCCGGAACACGCCCAUGGAUUGGAUCGGAACCCUUCGCGUUGGAUAUCCCUGUUGGACGAGGCCUCUCGGCGCGCUUUAAUCGAGACCCUGUUUACCCGCGGCUGCGAUGCCUUUGAACGGACGUCGUACGGGCGCAAAAUGCUGUCUUUUGUCACGCUGUCUAUCGAUAAAAUGAAAUCGACCAUUGAAGAAAUGGUGGAGACCUGUCCUACCUCGUCGACCGCAUGGCUGGCGACUUGUUUGAUCAUUGCACCGACUAUCAUCAACAACGCUCGACAGGGCGAUUCGCAACAAUCGGGAAUCAACUACGUGAUAUCCAGGAUGCCAUGGUACACAGCGCUGACCAAGGUCCCGACGGUAAAUUCAUGGAAGACGCCAGAGCUGCAGACGGCAGUGAACGCCAGAGUCGUCGAGCUGUACAAACUCGUCAUCCGCUAUCUUCUCGCCAGCGCGCGUUUCUACGACCACUCCACCUAUCGCUUUGCCCCGAACUCGGCCAAAUGGCGCAGCUGGGAGGCUAUGGUUGCCGAUAUUCAGGCCGCGGAACUGGAACUGCAGUGGUGUAUACAGACGCAUAGCGGCAAGUCGCUGAAGCGUGUGCUUAACGAAGGUGUGCGGCGGGGGGAGCAUAUCAAGAACAUCGUCAGCGUCUUUUCGGUUGCCCAGCGAAGAGCGAAUCUCAUGGAUAAGAUCAUGCCAGAUGCCCGUCUGUCUCGCGCCGAUACGUACCAGGAUUACGUGAAGCAGAUCGCCAACCCCCAUAACAACACCGGGCAUGGAGUGUUAAGCCAUCCAACCUUUAAUGCUGCAAUUCACGCUGAUAGUGGACUGUUUGUUCUUACCGGGCAACCAGGAACGGGCAAGUCGGUUCUCGCUAAGUAUCUCUUAACUGAGCUGUCCCGAGUGCGGCCCAUGUCUCUCUGCUCCUUCUUUUUCAAGGACGGUGGCGACAAGAACAAUCUGAAUAUCGCCCUGUAUGAAGUCCUCGACGGCAUUCUACGGCAGUGUUCCCACUUGAACGAAGUGGAAGAAAAGGCAGAACAGGCCACGCGGCAGAGUGUGCGACCUGACUCUGACCUGUUUUGGGAACUGAUUGAGAUCGCCAGUCGGGGGACUCCCCACGAGCGGGUGGCUGUGGUCUUGGAUGCUUUGGAUGAGUGCCAGAACGCGCAUCUGGAGACUGCGCUGAAACUACUAAACUCCUAUCAGACCAGGUUCCCUGAUUCCAAAGUGAAGUUCCUCCUCACGACCCGUCCCGUUCCCGGCCUCCUCGAGCUACUAACAAACGGCACCAUUCUAAGCCUCGAUGAGGACGCUGAGUGUCGAGAGUCGAUCAUGGGCGAUAUCGCUCGGGUGGCCCAGGAUCGGGUGGAAUCUUUUGCCCGUGAGAGACGCAUUCGCGACGAGGGCACGAAAAUAAAAUUGCUCCGGCACCUGCAAGUUCACAACAACGCGAGCUACUUGUUUACCGACCUGUUAUUCACCUAUCUCUAUUCUCUACCUGUCCGACCGGGGACAAAUUACUGGUCCCGGACAUUUGACCACUUGCCCAAGACCGUGUUCGAGAUCUACCGAGUCUUACUGGACGAAAUCCACGAGAGCAACCGCGACGACGUGCGGAUCAUGCUGGAACUAGUACUUGCCACGACGAAACCACUCACCGUCCGAGAGAUGGCAAUUGCUCUGGCUCUUCACGUUGACGACUGCACGAGCUGUGAUCGGGAGGAAGAACUGGGCCUGCCAGUAGUGGACUUUAAAAGCUGGCUUCGCGAGACUUGCGGACCCUUCUUCGACGUCUACAAUGAUCGCAUUUAUUUCGCUCAUCAGACGGUCAGAGAUUACCUUUUACCUGUCGAAAAACAGACACAAAAGCCUAGUUGGUUGGAGCAGCUGUCUAUUGAGUCCUGUCACAAGACCAUGGCCCACAGCUGUUUCGCCUAUCAGUCCCUUCCGUUCGUUACAAAGAAUAAAUUUAUGUCGAUCGAGAAGUACGUCCAGGCGCCGUUUUACAAAAAGAAACUAUACCAUCAGUGGUGCCGAGCGUCGUUUGUAUUUGCGGAGCAUGCGUUUGCCAAGUGGGUGUUUCACGUCAAGAAAUCCUACCGGCUAUCCGACAAGGCAGAGGGGGAGGGACAGACACAAGACCAGCUAGUGGAGGUGUCGGAUGGUCUGAGCCAGACAGAGGCAGGGUCUGACAAGUCGGACGAGCAGAGCAUGGAGUCGGAAGAGCAGUCCGAAGAGCAGUCCGAAGAGCAGUCCGAAGAGCAGUCCGAAGAGCAGUCCGAAGAGCAGUCCGAAGAGCACCCCCAAGAACCGUUAGACGAAGUGACCGAAGAGCAAUUGACCGAAGAGAGGACAGAAGCAAAGACUGAAGAGCCGACAGAAGAAAAGACGGAGGAUAAGACCGAAAAGGAGAUUGAAGCGGACACUGCGAACGACACCAAGGAGACUGGAGAGAAUACAGAGGGCCAACCAGAAGAACAAGUGACGGAACAGUCUGACGAGCAGACGAAGGAAACCGAGGAUCAAAUUCAGAAAGACAUGGAUCAGACGGACGAGAAACAAGGACAGACAGAUGACCAGUCGGGUGUUCUGAUCUAUCAGGUUAAGGAACUGUUUCCAGAGUUCCAGCCCAAGCUAGCUCUCUCCCUAUUUUGCUGUUCUGGAAUACCGUCGUCUUGCGAAGUCCAGACGUUUGUCGAAAUGCUAACAGCGGAAACCCCUGCGCGCGACAGCCUACUAACUGCACUUAGUCAAAGUCUCAUGGCCCGAUACUGUCAUUUUGGUGAUAGAGUCGACCUCGAGUAUGGCGCUAAUCUAGCGGAGGAGGUGCUAAAGCGAACGCGAGGCGGCCAUCCGCAAUUGACUCCAAGACUAGCUACAUUCGAUCAAGGGUUGAACAUGCGGUACUGGGAUUCUGUGCAUCACGACCUCCCUGUUCCUGGAAAUGAAAUGCGCGAGGCCGACAAAGCUGUCACCGUUACGCCUAACGGCCAUCCUCGACGCCCAGCUGCUUUGCAUCAGCGUGCCGCUGUCCUUGAAAGACAAUAUCAGCGCACCAAGGACGCCAUGACUAUCAGUCAGGCUAUUGAGGACAUUGUCAGCGUUGUGAGACUGUUUUCCGGUUCACAAUCGGCAAAAACCCGCUAUUUGGACUAUCUUGCGAACUUACUGGGCCAGCGGUUUCUGGACGGAGGCAACGGUGCGGAUCUGGAUUUGGCUAUCAAGGCCGCUGAAGAAGCCCUUUCCACUGCCGAGUCAAUAUCAAUCAGUCGCGAUGAUGCCAAAGUCGUGGCGAUGCACCGAAGCACUCUCGCCUAUUGGUUAGGGGCGCGAUACAGGACGAUGCGGCUGCCGAGCGAUAUCGAAAGAGCGCUCGAGGUGAUCCGGAUAGCAUUGGAGAUCACGCCUGCUGAUGAUCCCAGUCUUCCGAUCUAUCUUUGCAAUCUUGCGCGACGACUCUACGAACGCUACGAAGUGACUGGGGUCGUAGAAGACCUUCAGGGGGCAAUUGCGCUCUCGCGUCGCGCCGCGAAGCUUACUCCUGCUGAACAUCCCCUUUAUCCAUUCCACAGUCUAUUUCAUCAAGUGCUGAGCACAGAAUAG